UGUUCUUCAGACAAAAAAACAAAAUUCAUUCUUUAUUUACUUGCGAAAGGCAGCUUCAAUUUUUUUUACCUCUUUAAUUUUUUACCACACGCAGUAUAACGAUAUACUAUUUACCAAAUUACCCACCAAACAACAAUGCAAAUCGAGGAAGUAAAGAGCGCAAAAAAGGACCAAAGAGUGGCGACACACUCUCAUAUCCGCGGCCUAGGUCUUAAGCCGGAUGGUACAGCGGAGCCCGUUGCCUCUGGCUUUGUUGGACAGGAGACCGCGCGUGAGGCCGCAGGCAUUAUCGUUGAUCUAGUCAAGAGCAAGCGCUUUGCCGGCCGCGCCGUCAUUUUGGCAGGUGCUCCGGGAACCGGAAAGACCGCAAUUGCAUAUGCUAUGUCUCAGGAGCUGGGCCCGCGCGUGCCGUUCUGCCCGAUGACUGGAAGCGAGGUAUACUCGAGUGAGGUGAAGAAGACAGAGGUUUUGAUGGAGAACUUCCGCCGUGCAAUCAGCCUUCGGGUCAAGGAGACCAAGGAAGUGUACGAGGGUGAAGUCACAGAGAUUACGCCUGAGGAGGCUGAGAACCCGCUGGGCGGCUACAGCAAGACGGUCGCCAACGUCGUCAUUGGGCUCAAGACUGCAAAGGGAACCAAGCAGCUGCGCCUCGACCCUAGCAUAUACGAAAGCCUUCUUAAGGAGAAAGUGUCGACCGGAGACGUCAUCUACAUUGAGGCAAACACCGGCUCGGUCAAGCGGGUAGGCCGGUCAGACGCAUACGCGACCGAGUACGAUUUGGAGGCAGACGAAUACGUGCCUCUGCCGAAGGGCGACGUGCACAAGAAGCGCGAGGUUAUCCAGGACGUGACCCUGCACGAUCUCGACGUGGCCAACGCGCAGCCUCAGGGUGGCCAGGACAUUGUCUCGAUGAUGAGCCAGCUGAUGAAGCCCCGCAAGACAGAGAUCACAGACAAGAUGCGCACCGAGAUCAACAAGGCUGUCAACAAGUACGUCGAGCAGGGCACUGCCGAGUUGGUUCCGGGCGUCCUUUUCAUUGACGAGGUGCACAUGCUUGACAUUGAGUGCUUCACCUAUCUCAACCGCGCGCUCGAGUCGGACAUUUCUCCGAUCGUCGUCCUUGCUUCGAACCGCGGCAUAUGCACUAUCCGCGGUACCGAAGAUAUGCGUGCCGCCCACGGUAUUCCGCGCGACCUGCUUGAUCGCAUGCUUAUUGUGCGCACGGCACCCUACACGAAGAGCGAGAUCCAGAUUGUCUUGGAUAUACGCGCAAAGACCGAGGGCCUGAAGCUGGCGCCGGAUGCCCUGGAGUACGCAGCAGAGGUUGGCGUGAACUCGUCACUACGCUACGCGAUUCAGCUGCUCACGCCGGCCAGUGUCAUGUCCCAGAUCUCUGGACACGAAGAGAUCCAGAAGGAUGACAUACUCGAGGCUGGAGAGCUGUUUUUCGAUGCCAAAAAGUCGGUUACUAUACUGCAGAGCAGCAGCGGCUCCAAAUUCCUUUAACGCUCUUGGAAUAAAGCAAGAUCCUUCACGAGUCUGGUAGCGGGGGUGCCAUUACCUUAUUCUGCAGGCGAUGCAAGUGAUGUUAUAGUUUGAAUGUGUUUGG